AUGCAUAAAGUCGAUGAAAGUAGCAGCUUACUCAACAAAAAAAAAGUAUCAUGUGCUACCAAUGAUUAUCAUCAACAUUAUUCAUCUAGCCUUGAAUGGACAGAAUCUUCUUGGACAAGAUUUUUACAUGCACUCUUUUGGUGGUGGAUAAAACCGAUGCUGUAUAAAGGAUAUAAACAACAAUUGACAACAGAUGAUCUUGAUGGUGUACCUCAGAUUGAUAAAGCUUUGCUGUUAUUAGAAAGAUUAUCUUCUUAUGAUUGGUCAUCAACGACAACAUGGCGUAUUGUUUACAAAGAGUUUUGGAAAGAUUAUGUGUUUGCCAGCAUUCUUAUAAUUCCUCGUAUGAUAACAAGUAUCUCUCAACCAUUACUUCUUCGUCAAAUUCUUUUGAACAUAAUGAAUGAAAAAGGAUCAAAUACUGCUAGUUAUAUUCGAUAUCAUGAAAUAACAGUUAUAAGAACUGAUAAACGUGUAGAAGCUUUCAAGGAGUUCAUUAAUGGAUGUCAUAUUGCUAAAAUGUACAACUGGGAAAAAUCAUUAGGUGAUCGUAUAGUUGAAAUGAGAGACAAUGAAUCAGCAAGUAUUCGACGUGCCUCGCUCUAUCGUGCUCUCAAUAUGACUAUAUUUUUUAUGUCAGCAUCACUUUUUGCACUGACGACAUUUGGAAGUGCUUGGUUCCUAGGUUAUCCAUUGACUAUCGACAAUACUUUUCCAGCGCUUGCAUUAUUUUCUGUAAUGCGUGUUCAUGCCAUGUAUUAUAUUCCAUUAGCAAUAGAGAAACUAAGUGUAAUUAAGUCUGCCUCAAGAAGAAUAGAUUCAUUUAUGCGUCUUACUAUGAAACAAGACAAUCAGUCUCGAUUGCCCAUGUCUUUAAUCAAUGAGCAAGAAAAAGGCAAUAUCAUGAUUUCUAAUGCAUCUUUUUCCUGGCAUGAGGACACACGUUUUUUAUCAGUAUCGAAUCUAACUAUCAAAAAAGGUGCAUUGGUCGGAAUUGUUGGACCCGUAGGCUCUGGUAAAUCGUCUUUUUUUGCUGCUAUUCUUGGUGAAAUGAAUCUAAUCAAUGGUCUAUUGAACACAAACAAUAGUUCUUUUGCUUAUGCAGCUCAAUCACCGUGGAUAAUUGAAGAUACAUUUCGUAACAACAUUCUUUUAAAUAGACCACUUGAUCAACAACGAUACAGAUAUGUAAUACAUGCUUGUUGUCUCGAUGAUGAUAUUAGUAUAUUUGGGCCUAUCGAAGAUCGUAUUAUGAUCGGAGAAAAUGGGUUUAAUUUAAGUGGUGGACAAAGAGCAAGAGUGUCGUUAGCUCGUGCCUUAUAUACUGACGCAGACAUAUAUCUACUUGAUGAUCCGUUAUCUGCUGUUGAUCGUAAAGUGGCUAAACAGAUCUAUGAACGAUGUCUUGGUCCAUUCGGAUUGUUGAGAAAUAAAACUCGUUUACUAGCUACUCAUCAAACUGAGUUUCUCAAUGAAACAGAUCAAAUCAUAUUUCUUUCUCAUGGUCAUGUUGAUCAACGAAAUUGUUUGAAUGAAAGUAUAAUUAGAGAAAAUAACUCAAACGAAAAUGAAACAUCAAAAUUAGUUAGUCUACUUGAUGAUAACAUAUCAAUCGAUAAUUUUCGACCGAUUGUGACUGAUGAAAAACUAAUAGAUGAUAGUUCUAUGUUCUCUACAUUAUAUCAUCUAUGUUCUGCACCACCAUUCAGUAAAAAUGGAUUCUGUAUACUUAUAAUUGUACUUCUCUUGGGCGAAGCAUUAAAUAGUGGUUCAAACUAUUGGCUGAGCAUAUUUACUUCGGUUCGAAUAAUACAAUCUCAUGAACGUGUGGAAGCAUCAACAGCCGCACUAAGGUUAAUGAAUGCAAUGUUUGUUUCAUUAUGGUUUCAGUGGGCACUUCGAGAGUUGUCCGAAUCCGAUAUAAUGAUGAUCAGUGCCAAACGUAUCGAUGAGUAUUCACGUUUGCCAUCUGAAGAAGAUCGAGGUGGUCACAAAGGUCUUGUAAAAGCUUCAUCAGAAUGGCCAACUGAAGGAAAAAUCAAAUUUAGAAAUUAUUCAUUACGUCAUCGAUUGAACUCGGAGUAUGCAAUUAGGGAUAUUAAUUUCUGCAUAGAGUCUGGUCAGAAGAUCGGCAUCAUUGGUCGAACUGGUGCUGGAAAAUCAUCCAUCUUCAAAGGUCUAUUUCGUUUUGUUCAUCGAUCAUGUGUCGAUGGUGAAAUUCUUAUUGAUAAUAUUGACAUUAGCCGCAUCGCACUUAAUCACCUUCGAUCUCAUAUCAGUGUUAUCCCUCAACAACCUAUCUUAUUUAGUGGAACCCUUCGAUACAAUCUUGAUCCAUUCAAUCAUUAUUCUGAUGAGGAAUGUUGGAAAGCUCUUGCCGAUGUUCAACUUAAACAGUUUGUCAGCAAUCACUCAGCAGGUCUUCUCAUGUCUAUUGAUAAAUCAGGUAAAACGUUGAGUAUUGGUCAAUGUCAAUUGGUAUGCAUUGCACGAGCAAUUCUAAAGAAAAGUAAAAUAUUAUUGAUCGAUGAAGCAACAGCUAAUGUUGAUCAAGAAACAGAUGAUAUCAUUCAAGCGGUAUUUCGAGAUAAAUUUCAAGAUCGAACUAUUCUGACAAUUGCUCAUCGAUUGCACACAGUAGCAAGACAUGAUCGUAUUCUUGUAUUGGAUAGGGGAACAAUGGUCAAUUUUGAUACUCCUGCAAAUAUUUUACAUUCGUAUUAUUGA